AUGUUGAGUUCUCAACCUAGCACAGAGGAGCACUUCCUCCUUCUGGGUUUCGCUGACUAUCCCUCCCUGCAGCCUGUUCUCUUCGCUCUUGUCCUCUUCUGCUACCUCCUGACCCUGAUCGGCAACUCCGCUCUAAUGCUGCUGGCUAUACGCGACCCGCGCCUGCACACGCCCAUGUACUACUUCCUCUGCCACCUGGCUCUGGUGGAUGCGGGUUUCACCACCAGCGUGGUACCGCCGCUGCUGGUCACCCUUCGUGGCCAGGCACUGUGGCUGGACCGCAGAGGCUGCAUGGCCCAGCUGUACACGUCUCUGGCGCUGGGUUCGGCCGAGUGCGUCCUCCUGGCAGUGAUGGCUCUGGACCGCGCGGCCGCAGUGUGCCGUCCACUGCGCUACGCAGGGCUCGCCUCGCCGCACCUGUGCCGCGCGCUGGCCGCUGCCGCCUGGCUAGGCGGCCUCACCAACUCGGCAGCACAAACAGCGCUCCUGGCCACAAGGCCACUAUGUACGCCCUACCAAUUGGACCACUUCAUCUGUGAGCUGCCAGCUCUGCUCAAGCUGGUCUGUGGCUACGGCCGAGACACCAUCGAGCGCCAGAUGUUCGCCGCCCGCGUUGUCAUUCUUCUGGUACCAUCUUCUGUCAUCCUGGCAUCCUAUGGGGCCGUAGGCCGCGCCAUAUGGGGUAUGCGUACCAGCGGAGGGAGGAGAAAAGCAUUGGGGACCUGUGGGUCCCACCUCACAGCGGUCUGCCUGUUCUAUGGCUCAGCCAUCUACACCUACCUGCAGCCUACCCAUAGCUACAACCAGGGCCGGGGCAAGUUUGUUUCACUAUUCUACACUGUUGUUACCCCGUCCCUUAACCCACUUAUCUACACCCUCAGAAAUAAGGAAGUGAAGGGGGCAGCACGAAGGUUCCUGGAAAGAAGGAAAACUGGACAGUGA